GGGCAUAUUCUUCGGUAACGGUGAAAGCCCAAACUUCCUCUCAUCAUGAUCCUCCGCCGACCUUUGGUAAUGAUGGCUGCCAUUAUGGCUGUCAUGUACGCAGCAACAGCUGACCAUCCUCCCUCCGGAGGAUAUGGGGGCGGAAGUGGAGGAAGUGGAGGAAGUGGAGGCCACGGAGGCCAUGGAGGCGGUGGCGGAGGUGGCGGCGCGGGUGGAUUUGGCGGUGGUAACGGCGGCGCCGGUGGAUUCGGCGGUGGCAGCGCUGGUGGUGCUGGCGGAUUUGGCGGUAGCGGCGCCGGCGGUGCUGGCGGUAGCGGUGGAUAUGACGGAGGAAGCGGUGCUGGUGGACAUGGCGGUGCCGGCGGUGCUGGAGGAUUCGGCGGUAGCGGUGCUGGUGGACAUGGCGGUGCCGGCGGUGCUGGAGGAUUCGGCGGUAGCGGUGCUGGUGGACAUGGCGGUGCCGGCGGUGCUGGAGGAUUCGGCGGUAGCGGUGCCGGCGGUGCUGGAGGAUUCGGCGGUAGCGGCGCUGGUGGUGCUGGCGGAUAUGACGGCGGAAACGGGGCUGGUGGCGCUAGUGGAUUCGGAGGCAGCGGUGCUGGUGGUGCUGGCGGAUUCGGCGGCAGCGGUGCUGGCGGUGCCGGCGGAUUCGGCGGCAGCGGUGCUGGCGGUGCCGGCGGAUUCGGCGGCAGCGGUGCUGGCGGUGCCGGCGGAUUCGGCGGCAGCGGUGCUGGAGGUUCGGGCGGAUAUGACAGCGGAAACGGUGCUGGCGGCGCCGGUGGAUUCGGCGGUAGCGGCGCUGGAGGUGCUGGCGGUUUCGGCGGAAAUGGCGCUGGAGGAUUCGGCGGUAGCGGCGCUGGCGGUUUUGGCGGAAAUGGCGCUGGAGGAUUCGGCGGUAGCGGCGCUGGCGGUUUUGGCGGAAAUGGCGCCGGAGGAUUCGGCGGCAGCAAUGCUGGCGGAUUCGGCGGUAGCGGCGCUGGUGGCGCAGGCGGAUAUGAUGGCGGAAACGGCGCUGGAGGUGCUGGCGGUUUCGGCGGAAAUGGCGCUGGAGGAUUCGGCGGUAGCGGCGCUGGCGGCGCUGGCGGAUUCGGCGGUAGCGGCGCUGGUGGCGCUGGCGGUUUCGGCGGAAAUGGCGCUGGAGGAUUCGGCGGUAGCGGCGCUGGUGGCGCAGGCGGAUAUGAUGGCGGAAACGGCGCUGGAGGUGCUGGCGGUUUCGGCGGAAAUGGCGCUGGAGGAUUCGGCGGUAGCGGCGCUGGCGGUUUCGGCGGAAAUGGCGCUGGAGGAUUCGGCGGUAGCGGCGCUGGUGGCGCAGGCGGAUAUGAUGGCGGAAACGGCGCUGGAGGUGCUGGCGGUUUCGGCGGAAAUGGCGCUGGAGGAUUCGGCGGUAGCGGCGCUGGCGGCGCUGGCGGUUUCGGCGGAAAUGGCGCUGGAGGAUUCGGCGGUAGCGGCGCUGGCGGUUUCGGCGGAAAUGGCGCUGGAGGAUUCGGCGGUAGCGGCGCUGGCGGCGCUGGCGGAUUCGGCGGUAGCGGCGCUGGCGGUUUCGGCGGAAAUGGCGCUGGAGGAUUCGGCGGUAGCGGCGCUGGCGGCGCUGGCGGAUUCGGCGGUAGCGGCGCUGGCGGCGCUGGCGGUUUCGGCGGAAAUGGCGCUGGAGGAUUCGGCGGUAGCGGCGCUGGCGGUUUCGGCGGAAAUGGCGCUGGAGGAUUCGGCGGUAGCGGCGCUGGCGGCGCUGGCGGAUUCGGCGGUAGCGGCGCUGGCGGCGCUGGCGGUUUCGGCGGAAAUGGCGCUGGAGGAUUCGGCGGUAGCGGCGCUGGCGGUUUCGGCGGAAAUGGCGCUGGAGGAUUCGGCGGUAGCGGCGCUGGCGGCGCUGGCGGUUUCGGCGGAAAUGGCGCUGGAGGAUUCGGCGGUAGCGGCGCUGGCGGUUUCGGCGGAAAUGGCGCUGGAGGAUUCGGCGGUAGCGGCGCUGGCGGUUUCGGCGGAAAUGGCGCUGGAGGAUUCGGCGGUAGCGGCGCUGGCGGUUUCGGCGGAAAUGGCGCUGGAGGAUUCGGCGGUAGCGGCGCUGGCGGCGCUGGCGGAUUCGGCGGUAGCGGCGCUGGCGGUUUCGGCGGAAAUGGCGCUGGAGGAUUCGGCGGUAGCGGCGCUGGCGGUUUCGGCGGAAAUGGCGCUGGAGGAUUCGGCGGUAGCGGCGCUGGCGGUUUCGGCGGAAAUGGCGCUGGAGGAUUCGGCGGUAGCGGCGCUGGCGGUUUCGGCGGAAAUGGCGCUGGAGGAUUCGGCGGUAGCGGCGCUGGUGGCGCAGGCGGAUAUGAUGGCGGAAACGGCGCUGGAGGUGCUGGCGGUUUCGGCGGAAAUGGCGCUGGAGGAUUCGGCGGUAGCGGCGCUGGCGGUUUCGGCGGAAAUGGCGCUGGAGGAUUCGGCGGUAGCGGCGCUGGCGGCGCUGGCGGUUUCGGCGGAAAUGGCGCUGGAGGAUUCGGCGGUAGCGGCGCUGGCGGCGCUGGCGGAUUCGGCGGUAGCGGCGCUGGUGGCGCAGGCGGAUAUGAUGGCGGAAACGGCGCUGGAGGUGCUGGCGGUUUCGGCGGAAAUGGCGCUGGAGGAUUCGGCGGUAGCGGCGCUGGCGGUUUCGGCGGAAAUGGCGCUGGAGGAUUCGGCGGUAGCGGCGCUGGCGGCGCUGGCGGAUUCGGCGGUAGCGGCGCUGGUGGCGCAGGCGGAUAUGAUGGCGGAAACGGCGCUGGAGGUGCUGGCGGUUUCGGCGGAAAUGGCGCUGGAGGAUUCGGCGGUAGCGGCGCUGGUGGCGCAGGCGGAUAUGAUGGCGGAAACGGCGCUGGAGGUGCUGGCGGUUUCGGCGGAAAUGGCGCUGGAGGAUUCGGCGGUAGCGGCGCUGGCGGUUUCGGCGGAAAUGGCGCUGGAGGAUUCGGCGGUAGCGGCGCUGGUGGCGCAGGCGGAUAUGAUGGCGGAAACGGCGCUGGAGGUGCUGGCGGUUUCGGCGGAAAUGGCGCUGGAGGAUUCGGCGGUAGCGGCGCUGGCGGUUUCGGCGGAAAUGGCGCUGGAGGAUUCGGCGGUAGCGGCGCUGGCGGUUUCGGCGGAAAUGGCGCUGGAGGAUUCGGCGGUAGCGGCGCUGGUGGCGCAGGCGGAUAUGAUGGCGGAAACGGCGCUGGAGGUGCUGGCGGUUUCGGCGGAAAUGGCGCUGGAGGAUUCGGCGGUAGCGGCGCUGGUGGCGCAGGCGGAUAUGAUGGCGGAAACGGCGCUGGAGGUGCUGGCGGUUUCGGCGGAAAUGGCGCUGGAGGAUUCGGCGGUAGCGGCGCUGGCGGUUUCGGCGGAAAUGGCGCUGGAGGAUUCGGCGGUAGCGGCGCUGGUGGCGCAGGCGGAUAUGAUGGCGGAAACGGCGCUGGAGGUGCUGGCGGUUUCGGCGGAAAUGGCGCUGGAGGAUUCGGCGGUAGCGGCGCUGGUGGCGCAGGCGGAUAUGAUGGCGGAAACGGCGCUGGAGGUGCUGGCGGUUUCGGCGGAAAUGGCGCUGGAGGAUUCGGCGGUAGCGGCGCUGGUGGCGCAGGCGGAUAUGAUGGCGGAAACGGCGCUGGAGGUGCUGGCGGUUUCGGCGGAAAUGGCGCUGGAGGAUUCGGCGGUAGCGGCGCUGGUGGCGCAGGCGGAUAUGAUGGCGGAAACGGCGCUGGAGGUGCUGGCGGUUUCGGCGGAAAUGGCGCUGGAGGAUUCGGCGGUAGCGGCGCUGGCGGUUUCGGCGGAAAUGGCGCUGGAGGAUUCGGCGGUAGCGGCGCUGGUGGCGCAGGCGCUGGAGGUUUCGGUGGCGGAGCUGGAGGCUUCGGUGGCGGGGCCGGAGGCAACGGAGGUUUCGGUGGUGGAGCCGGAGGCGCCGGAGGUUUCGGUGGCGGAGCCGGAGGCGCCGGAGGUUUCGGUGGCGGAGCCGGAGGCGCCGGAGGUUUCGGUGGCGGAGCCGGGGGCAACGGAGGUUACGACGGUGGCAAUGGAGGUAGCGGUGGUUUUGGAGCUGGUGGACACGGUGGCGCUGGAGCUGGUAGCAGUGGAGGUUUCGGAGGAAGUGGCAGUUCCGCUGGAGGCUUUGGGGCCGGAGGCAAUGGUGGUUCCGCUGGAGGCUUUGGGGCCGGAGGAAGCGGAGGAUCCAGCGGUGGUUAUGGAGGAAGAUAAUGCCUUUGUUACAAGUUGUAUUCCCACAAAAAGAUUGGACAUCCAGUCAGAUGAUUUAUGUAAAGCAGUGUGUUAUAUGAAGUAUCCCCUUUAUCGGUUUGUUUUGUUUGGGCGGCUCAUGGAAGUGUUGGAAAGCGCUGUCCAGUGUCAUUCAUUUUUGAUAAGAAACUGUGAUACUACAGCUGUGAAGUAUCAGAUUUACGAAAGCAAAGGCAAGAACUGCUGCAUCAUAACAGACCUAUUUGGCAAACUGGCAUCUCAGAAAAACAUCCUCAGCCUCGGGUAUAAAUACAUGUGGACGCGUCUUACUCAACAUUUGAGAGACUCACAUCAAACAAUUAUCAUGUGUCGGUUUUCACUGAUAUUAACAGCAUUAAUGGUAUUGGCAACGUGGGCAGUAGGAGGGGCCGACUGCCAGAUAUUGCAAGCGCAUCUUGUUCGCUUUGCAAUCCUUGACACUCACCCUGUUGCAAAUAUCGGAGUGAGAGUCGAAAUAUAA